AUGGUGUCCCAGCGCCCAAACUAUCGGAAAUGGUCAAAAAAUGUUAUUAAUUUUAUUGUUUUAUAUUUUAACAAUUGUUGCGUUCAUGGAUUCCGAUUUGUUGUUGAAACAAUGCUUCUUUUGUUUGAGAGAUUUUUGUGGCUUGUCCUUCUAGUUGUCUCAAUAUAUUUCUGUAUAGUUGUAUGCCUUUCAUCAGUUGAUCGCUACUAUACGAAAAGCACACAUAUUGGAGUGGAGCGAAAUUAUCAUUUUUGGAACACAACGAUACCAAGUUUGACCGUUUGUCCAGCGACCCGACUUAAUGUUACGUAUUUCGCUGAUUAUUGUCGGCAAAUGGGCAUUAAGGGAUCGAAGAAGGAUACUCUUUGGGAUUUUUUGGAGAACUUGGCCAAUUCCACUUACACGAACUUCCAAAACAUUCCCGAAAACGCUGAGAUCGAUGAAAUAAUCAAGGAAAUAGACUUAAAACCGAAACAAUAUAUGGAGUUAAUAUACAAUCUAACCUACGAUAGAACCUACGAUCCAAAUGAACGCCAACGCACUCGCUGUUUUGAUGGUGCGACAAAAAUUCAUGCCAGACAGGUUUUAACCGAAUGGGGAUUGUGCUACUUGACCAACUCGGAACUUGGUAAGGAUUAUAGUGCUCGGUACUUUAUUUUUGGGAAGUAUCCCGAGCCAAACACAUUUGAGCUGGCGAGUAACACAGUGGACUUCAUGUUCGGUACGUAUUUUUCAAUGGACAUGCAGUACACGUUUCUGGGAUUUUCGAGCGAUGCGAUAUUUUCCUUUGCACACUCUGCCUUUGAUGUGAUGAAGGUGGAUGCCAGUUUCGGUUACGCCACAGAAGGAGUUACCUACGAACUAACUAGCAGGGAGGUCAUUUCUGAGGAAAAUCUGGAAAACGAAACCACAGUCACCAUGAGAAAAUGCAGGUUUUACCACGAAACCAAUUUAACUCAUUUCCCGUUUUAUACCAGAAAUAUUUGUCUGCAAGAAUGCCGAAUUAAUUUGGCCUACAAAAUAUGUAAAUGUAUUCCCCAUUUUUAUCCCAAUCGCAUUUCAAAUCCCAAGCGAGUGUGCGAUUAUAAAACUUUAAGAUCCUGCUUUCCUCGUCAUGAAAGUUAUUUUCUUCAACUAUACGAGAGUGAUAGAAAAGAAGAGAGUCAAUUUCCAUGCUAUUGUGAACAGAACUGUCGCGAUUCAGUUGUUACAAUAAGAAGUGCCCAUCAAAUGUCAGGAUCGAAACAAUUACUUGGUGGAGUCGGAACAUCUGUACAAGUGAGAUCUUGGCCAAAAAGUCGGCUCAAACGUCAAGUUAUAUUUUCAAUGACCGAUCUGUUAGUUUCAAUUGGCGGAACAGCCGGACUUUUUCUCGGAUUCAGUGUUUUGGGAUUUGUUGAAAUUCUAUACUUUUUUACAAUGAGGUUAUUCUGGCAAAUACUAGGUUACAAGCUUUAA